CAUCCGGCUUAGUUAUAUAUCACCAGUAGUAAACGGCAAAUCAAUAGCAUAGUAUUAUUAUCUAACGUUAUUUCUUUCAUUAGUAACUCCCUUGCUCAAAACUCCAACGAACCAAUCCGAUACACAUCGCCUACAAACUUACUGCGUUUCAGUUUUCAACGCUAAAACUGCAACCAACUGCAUCGUACAUUGAUGCAUCCCUCUUAGCUUCGCCCACUGUACCGUGACUCGAAGCGCAUAUAAGUGCUACAACUGCUCUAGUUUUAAACAUAGUCCAUACCGCCAUCGGAGAGAACACCAAAAUGGUACCACACUACCUCCUUGUACUGACCCUGGCUGUCGCAGUCAGCGCACGGACAGCAAGCACCAAUCAAAACACACUGGAAGAAGGCAGAAGUUCAGAUGAUACCAUUUUGGGUGACCUUAAAGUUGCAUAUGAAACGUAUAAAGAUUGCAGCGGUGGAGACAUAGGUACAUGCUUGAAAGUGAAACUGGCGAAGGCACUGAACAGGAUAUCGGAGAGUGAGGAAGUAUCACUGAUGAGCGGUGUGACGAUAACGAAGGAUAAGGAUGCGAAGGUCGAGGAAGUUGAGCAGGCGCUUCCGAGAGGUCUUGAUGAGAGCUCCUUGGACCAUCUUAUCCUGGACAAAAUCGUUGGAUUCAUGCAGUCUCAUACAGUCCAGAUCAAAUUCCCGGCCGGCAAUGACCUUGCGCGCGCGUUCGAAGAAGGCCGCAGCAGGAGGAAGAAGCUCGCCCCCCUCUUGGCCAUACCCCUCCUUAUCGGGGGCAUGAUGGUGCCCCUAGCCUUCGGUGCCCUAGCGCUGCUCGCGGGCAAGGCCCUCAUCGUGUCGAAGCUGGCGUUAGUGCUGGCGGGUAUCAUUGGGCUGAAAAAGCUCCUGUCGCCGUCGGGAGGCGGUCAUGAGGCUCAUGAGGUCGUCGUUUCUGCUGGACAUGGAGGAUCUGGAUGGAGCAGGUCGCUUGAGAAAUCCCAGGACUUAGCAUACAACGCCUACGCCCCGGCCCAGUAGCCAAACAAACCCACCAAAAAGUUAUUUAAGCGUGCAAUAAGGAACAAACGUCUAACAUAUACAACUAAUACAUAGUACACGACAGCUUCGAUAUCAAAAUCCGAAAAACAAGUGCGAAUCGGAGCGUUUUGAAAAUGGAAUCCUACAGUUUCGAAUGUAACUCUAAAGAUUUCGGUUAGUGUUUAAAACGUAACUUUUUGUGUGAGUGAGGUUACAUUCGUCUCUGCGCGGUAAUGGCAAAAUAGGUACAAUGGAAUGAAAUAUACAAUGGAAUGAACAUAGCGAAGAAAUCUUCAAACGGUCAACAGUACCUCAAAUACUCUAUUUAUUGUAUACGCACAAUAGUUAGUUAUCCAACAGUAAUGUUUGAAAAUAGCAUGAAUGUAUUUAUAGAGAGUCUUUGGAAUUUGCUUUA